AUGGUACCAAGGCGAGCUCGUUGUGACGAAGCAGGCGAGGCAGAGACAACUUGGGAUGACAUUUUUGGUCGAGAAAAUCCCGCUACGAUAUCCGCGUGGAAGUACGUCUAUGAUGCAGAACAUGUCAUGGACAACCUCGAAGAUUCAACGGGGAAGGUAAAGAAGUUUGCCAGGAGCUUUAGUUUCAAAUGGGGAGAAAAGCUGGCCGUACCGAUCGAAAAGUUUGCGGGCAAAGUUGAACAGAAGAUCAAGGACCAGAGACUUGCCUUGGAGAAAAAGUGCAAGGGCGCAGGAGUCACAAUGGAAAAGGCCGAGGAGAUUGUGGACCUCAUUUUGCUCAUGCGAGAAAAGACCAUUCCACUCAUAUACAUACUUUCCAAUCUUGCAAACGGAGUCUGCACGGCGGGUCAGGCAAUGAAUGACCUUAACAAUGCUUUGGAUCCACCAAAGGGAGGUAAUGAGUUGCCCAGUGGUUUUAAAGCGGAGUUUUGCAAGCCAAAUGUGGUGAGGGCUGCCUUUGAUAAGUUCAUGCCAACAGCCCAAAAAACAUUGGACGACUUUGGUUUGAUGAUCAAGGCUUGCUACGAUCUGGAGCAGACCAUGACGAGACACAUUGAAAGCCUACACCCCUACACAGAUUGGUUUGUUGAUAUUGACUAUUCCAACCUUGGCUUUCCUCUGUGUCGGUAUGUAUCAGAUGAGACGAUUGCACAUGGAUGUGCAAAGCGACUCAAGUCUCUCACUUCGUUCCCCAUUUAUAACACCACAGAUAUGUCCACUGGUCGACAGCCUACAUCAAGGCCGACGAUCGAGGAGGCCCAAUUCGUCGCCAACUUUAACCAAUGCUCGGGCAACAAGUUUCCAAUCGUCAUCAAUGCCUGGUACCAAUGGCAAGACUGUGCUGUUGAUCUCACAGGUCAACUCCGAUUCCCUUGUUCUAUUGACGGGGAUGAGGAUAGAAGUACGUGCCAGAACAAUUUUUACAAAAUCAAGCAGUGCAGUGGUGCCAAACUUGCCAGUUUCAGUACCGAAAUGACAGCAGAACCAGGACGGUUCCAAGCUAGCUAUAUCUGCGUUUCUCUAACAGAAUGGGAGAACAUGGACUUGCUUUCUACAACGACCCAUGAAGCCAAUCGGAAUCGGGUUUUGGGUACAUGUGAGCACUGUCAUGGAGUAAACUGGCACCAGCAUUCUUCCACUUCUUCCACAUCGACGAAAGGCAAAAUAUCUUGUUGGGAAUCGAGUUCUCCAGCAGGAAGCUGCAUUUGGGGCAAGCAUCAGCUCUGGUACAGUUGGAAUGGAGACAUAAAUCAUCCAGAAUGGUGGUGGAACGAAAUCACUUCAGGUACCAUUGGACCAGGUUGGUGCGAUAUCAAAGUGAACUCUGAGCAGUCGGGCUGGCUCUGGUCACCGGGACACGAGGAAUAUUGGAAAUAUUCCCACAAGUCGUGGUGGGAUAAUGAUGAAAUAUAUUCGUUUGAAAUCCAUGAUUGGUGUGGUCCCGGGACCGGUCAAUACUCAAUCGACGACACGCAUCGCAGCAGUGGCUUUCCUGAAUGCAACUUUGGAAGAAAAGUCUAUAUCGAGCACGUCGACGAUAGCAAGACAGACCCCUGCUAUCAAUUCACUACGAAGGACGGUAUCGACUUGGGAAAAUUUCAUGAUGGGGGGUAUACCUACACGAGGGAGUACUCAUGGUACCAGAAGUUCCUAACGUACUGUGCCAUGAAGGCCGAAACAAACCCAUUGCAGGAGUUCAAGUAUGCCUCUCCUGAAGCCCAUGCCGAGUAUGAAGCUGCCAGGACCGACGGAUACAACCAAUGGAAGGGGAAGAAAGCCACACUUGAGACCAGUUGCCGAGAGCAAUGGCGAACAUGCAAAGACAGUCCACACAAAAAAUGUGAUCUGUCGGAUUGCUUGGUAAAUGGAAUGAGAUGGGCAUGUGUAGCGCCCCCGCCUGCAGACACAGAGUCCGUUGCCUACCUGUGGUCAACAACGAAACGUGAUCAAAAUACUCCAGCGAAGGGUUAUCAUUCUGGGAAUCAGAUGUUUUGCACUGCCCCUCGUGGAGUCGUUCUCCGACAGGCUCACGUGGGCAAGGGUUUGGCACUCUUUGAUGUACUGAAAGCUGCCAAGAAACUGCUGCCAGGGGACAUCCUGACAAAAGCUCACCAGACGUCGCCACGGAUCUCCUUUGAUUCCUUGGUAAACAAUCAGGUUUUGCCCUCCGCUGCUGUCCCAAGCGUUGAAGCAGUGAGACUCAUUUGGACAUGCGCGUGCCCGAUUGGCCAUGCACCCGACUUCACUAAAGCAAGGUACUCACGGGAGUACAGAGGCACCGUUUCAACUACAAGAAGCGGCAAAACGUGCUUAGAUUGGGACACUCCUGGACUAAACGUAAACCCCACAAACAAUCCUAAGGCGGGAUUGGAGCGCAAUUACUGCAGAAAUCCCGACCUUGAGAUGGGUGGUCCUUGGUGCUAUGUGCCAGGUGCUUCCUGGGAGUACUGUGAUGUGAACUGGGACCCGCUUCAGCAUUCAUACCGCGGAACCGUCUCGAAGACAAGAAGUGGCAAGAGGUGCAGAAACUGGAUGGACUCCAUAGACCCAACUGUUGAAAAGUAUCAUCACUACUAUUCUGAUUUAGGUUUGGGCAACCACAACUACUGUAGGAACCAUGACAAGGAACCUGGGGGUGCUUGGUGCUACAAAGAGGAAGGUGGUUGGGAGUAUUGCGACGUGACGUACCCCGAAUGUUCACGUUGCAAACCUGGCACCUUCAGAGGCCGCAUGGAUGAAGAAUCAUGUCUACUUUGCAAACCAGGUACUUAUUCAAGGGACGGGGCAACGUCGUGCACAGCGUGUCCAAAGAAUCACUAUUCUCCUGCCGAAGGAAUGGGACGGUGUCUUGUGUGCCCCCAAGGAAAGAUUGGAAAGUUACCAGGACAAAAAAGCAUCGAUUCUUGUAAGCCUUGCAAGGCGCAUGAAAUUGCUGACACUCUUGCCGGGGAGUGCGUUCCAUGCCCCCAUAAUACCUACCCAGACGGAGGGCGAUGCAGGCCAUGCCGUGCUGGCUAUUACAGGCACCGAAAUGAAGAAUCACAAUGCAAACCUGUCCCCGCAGGACAUGAGGCAGUCAUUCUUCCGCAAGGAGAUAGUGGCAAUGUUCAGCAUGGCUACAGAGGUACCAAAAACGUAACCAAGAGUGGGUUGCCCUGCAAAGAUUGGCGGGAUCAUCAUUUCAACAACCCCAAGACGAGACCCUUUGACGGGCUAAGCGACGGUGCCUACUGUAGGAACCCCAGUGGCAACGAACCUCGUGCUUGGUGCUACGUGAACCGUGCUCCACCGUUGCACUGGGAGGAUUGCGCUGUGCGGUGGGCAGAGCCCCAAGGUACAAUUAAAAAAUGCAAAGCAGGGACCUACCGUCCAGCUGGCAGUGUCAGGUGCAUUCCGGUUCCCACUGGCUUCUAUCAAGAUGAAGUCGGGCAAACUGUAGCAAAGCAAUGUCCUUGCGAAAGACCCUGGACCAAUCCCAAAUGGACAGAGGGUGCAUAUUUAGAGUCUCAGUGCGAGCAAAUUCCAACCAAUUGCAAAGGAAUUCCUGAUGGAUUGACUCUGAUUGACCCGGACGGAGCUGGGUGCAACACUUGGCUCCCUGUCACUGUCCAUUGCAAGAACGGAAAAACCUACCUUCCUGUCAGUCAGCAUGCCUUGAUCGAGAACUACUCAGAGGGUGGAGAGCGUCCUGAUGCAGCCGAGCCUAAGAAAGGCAGUGGCGACGUCGCAUACCCAUGGCCUGGUUGGAGGACUUCGUACGUUGCUUACGAGAUGGAUCAAGGCGCUUUGGAAACUGAAAAGAAGAUGAAAAUUGCGACCUCAUGGGAAUGGUAUGGAUGGAUGGGAGCCAGAGUGGAUCAAAACCCCUCAUAUGCAGCCUUUGCCGAGACAACCAGAAUUAACAAGGAGAUUCGGAAGGAGAUGAAGCCCACGGCCAACUUUGAACGCUUUAUGCCGCCAGGGCAAUGCAACCGGUGUGACUUUGACACGAGCGUGCUUGCCCGUUCGAUCCUUGAUCUUCGUGGAACGCCGUUCAAAUUGAUCCCCGAAACCGUAACAUGUGAGGACCAUACCUGGCCGGUUGGUGGCUUCCCUGGCAAUGGCUAUUCAUUCUUUCACAAGGACAAGGCCCUCGAGAUGAAGAAUGGAGGACGCUGUGGUGCUUUGGAGGUUGCCAAUGCGCUUGAAAUACACUUUGACCCCCUAUUCUUUGCUCGGAUGAAGAACCCAGCUGCCGGCAACGGCAACAUAGCAAGCAGCUUGAUGGCUGACAUGCAGCUGUUCGACGUAAUGCAAAUAAGCUGCAACGUUGCCAACGCAGUGUCAUCGCAUCAUUGUUACGGUAGCGAGAACGUUUACCACGAUAGCUCCGAUGCCUGUGCAUGUGCUCAGCACGCCGGGUUUGUUGACGUCUCCAAGUCUGGGGAUCAGCACGUUGUCAUGAGGAUGCUUCCGUUGCAGAAGGAUGGAUACAAGGGAACCACGUCCAACGGCAAAACCAGCAUGGAUCGCUCGGGUCCCUAUGGAGAAAGCGUUUCUUUCCAGAGCGCCGAUCUCUCCUCUCGAGCAUCUCAAGUUUGCGCUGCGGCUGUGGCCCAGGGCAGUUCUUGUGCUGCUUGA